UUCAAUACAAAAAAUAACAUACAAAGUCAAGGUUAAUUCCUAACCUCAGCGUAUAUUCAUGUUGAUUAGCUUUAAUAACAAAUUUCAUUUCGGUUACAUCAUUCACGUGAAGUACAUCAAAUAUCAAGUGUUAGUACAAUGACUUGAAGUUUAAUGCAUAGUUUUUAUCAGUAUAAUCAAAAAUACUUCGUCAAGGUUCACUGAAGUUGCAGACGAGAAAACCAGUUGCGAUAUAGUCGCGGUAUCGCCGUCUACAAUUUAUAUUAAAAGUACUCGUAGUACAUGUGCGAGUGUGUUCAGCGACACACGUAUGUAACGUGAUAAAUUAGUAUAAUUAUAAAUAGCGGAAUAUGUACUUUGGUUGACCAGUUCUUAUUAUGCAGUUCUAAAUUUAAAAAUAAAGGAGACGAGCUGUUGGCCUUCGCGCUAAUAGAUACGAAUUAAAAUAUGGAAAUAGCCCAUGAUGUCAAUGUGAAGUUACUGUUUUUCGCACAAUCUAAAGAGUUAGCUGGUACCAAGGAGUCUACAAUACGUCUUCCCAACAAGAUUAGCUACAGUAAACUACUGAAUAUAAUAGUGGAGAGUUACAAUUUACAAGCUAUUAAAAACAAUAUAUUGUUGGCGAAGAACGAAGAAGUUUGUGACGAAGAUAUUGAUAUAGAAAUCAGGGAACGUGACAGUAUUGCGGUUAUCCCUCCAAUCAGUGGUGGCUAAUGAAAGAAGUUUC